GGAUUUUCUGCACAUACAUUGAACAUAGCAAAACAAGAUGGCAGCGCCCUGCAGAAGGAUGGCAGGUCGGUCUCUCCUACAGUUUCUCUCUUCUUUCAGCCGGACAUCGGUCAGUAACUCGGGGUUCCGUCAGUUCUCCAGCACAUCUGUGUGUCGGGGCUCCAAUCAGGCUCAACAUGUGGAGGAAAGAGCUUCUUCUCCGUGGACUCUGAUGGCGGCCGUGUGUCUGCAGAGACUUCCGGUCAUCUCUGCAGAGAGCAACCCUAUAGAGCAGCAGUUCAGAGACAUGAUGAUCCAGAUGGAGCUGGAGAAGAGCAUGCUGUCGGACCACGAGCUGCGGCUGCUGGACGACGCUGAGAGGUUGAGGAGAAUGCAGGCGGGCGAGUACGACUCUGACGAAGAGGAGGACCGGCGGGAUCAGGAGAUCGUGUUGGCCCAGGACCUGGAGGACUCCUGGGAGCAGAAACUCAAUAACUUCCAGCCGGCGGCCAGGGUCUCCGACUCAGAGGGAGACCCCGGUUCUCUGCAGCGCUGCCUCUCCGACUCUCUGCUGCUGCUGGUGGAGCGGCCGGUGGGGAGCGAGAAGCUGUGGAUGCUGCCUCAGACUGAGUGGCAGCGAGGAGAGACUCUGAGGGAGACGGCCGAGAGAGCACUCAGCUCACUGCCAGCAGCAUCUGGUUUCAAGGCCACUUUCCUGGGGAACACCCCCUGUGGAGUCUACAAGUACAAACUGCCCCGAGCGGCUCGCACUGAGAGCUCCGUGGGGACCAAGGUGUUCUUCUUCAAAGCCGUGCUUUCCGACGCCAGCGCCCCUCCUGCCACAGAAUCCCCAGAAUCCUCUCUGUUGUGGGUGACGAAGAGCGAGCUGCAGCGCUACGUGAAGCCGGCGUACCUGAGGAAGGUCGAGCGCUUCCUCCUCGGCUUCUGAACACAAAGAGGGACAGUAUUUAUGAGCCCAGGAAGAUAUCUGUCGACUUCUACCAUCAAAUGUCUUUCAAUAGAUGUGUUGUAUUGUAUAAAUAAAUCAUUUUUUCCAAACAAACUUUGAACU